GUCCGAUAGCAUUUGAAGAGGCCCAAUGAUUAUCAGAACUGGCCCAAUAAUUUUUUAGAUAUCUACGAAUGCCCCUUCGAGACUUGGUGAGAUGUCCUGGACAAGGGAGAAGUAAGUCUCGACUAUGACCAAGUCAUUUGCAUAUUUGCCUCUUCUCUCUUUUUUGGGGGGCUCAAAAUUAACGGAAAAGCCUGAAAACAAAAUAAUCCUUCUUUGUGAGGUAUACCGAUCACGUUAGGAUACAAAACGGUCCACAUAAAGUUUUGAUAUCCUAUUAGGAUUUUAACUCUAAAUUUCCUUUCCGCACUUAAAUCUGAGUCAAACUAUUCCACCCAAUAUGUAUAAAUAUGGACUUCUAGCCGCCCCUUCUGCAUGUACGAGUUAUCAAGAGAUACUUGGCAAGAGUUUUGCUAAAGCUUUCUGAAGUAGAGAUAUCAAUAGGUAAGUUUUCCUCUGCAUUAUCCUCUUUUUAUUUUUUUAUUUUUUUGCAGGGGGUUUCUGGGUUAAUAGCAGCUGCACCAGAAGAUAAUUCAUAAUGAUGACCAAAUUCAGUUCGUGAGAGGAUUUGGAGGCCUAUUCAUCAUUACGAUGAUCUCAGAUUCUCAGUGCUGCGAGAGGAGAUGAUGCCCGCUUAAUAUUCUGGAGGCUUGUUUUGCUGAGGAAGGAGAUGAACCGUUGCUGAGAUCAAGAUAUUGCCGGCCAGAAUCUUGUUGAUGCGGCAGUUCAAAGUUGAUUCACGGAGGGGGUCUGCAGCGAGAUUCCUCUAAAGCUAUAGCAAUCUACCUUUGUUCUGGCCGCUGUUGCUGUUUCGUUACCAGGACUUGAGGUGAAGCCGCCGGAGAUUAGUGGUGAGGGGUCGCCGUCCGCUGGAGCAGACUGAAGGUCUGGCCGCUUCCUCGUUAUUGUAGCUUUGGCGAAAAGGAUGAUGCUCGAUCGUUGUCUACUGAUGCUUCAGAAAAGAGCUUCCUGAAUCAAUUUGUCGCUGCCGAUGCUUGUGCGAUUAAGUUGAAGGAAAUCAAGGCCAACUCUAAUUUUAAUAAAUUGGGCCUAUUUUCUGAUUUGAGCCUUCCCAUGAAUCCGGGCAAUCCUAAGAUCACAACGAGGCCCCUAUUUUCUGCUAUUUCAAGUGACGGCGCCAUUAAUUGAAGAGCUAUUGUCGGUUAUUGGUGCUGCUUGGGGCCCUUCGUUGGGCUAGUGGCACUGAUCUAAAGAAUUAGACUCAUUGCAGGUCAUCGGUGCCGCUUGGAGCCUUUCGUUGGGUUAGUGGCACUGAUCUAAGGAAUUAGGCUGAUUGCCGGGCGUCGAUGUCACUUGGGGCCCUUUGUUGGGCUAGUGAUACUGAUCUAAAGAAUUAGGCCAAUUUCCUACCGUCGGUGUCGCUUGGGGCCCUUCGUUGGGCUAGUGGCACCGAUAUAAAGAAAUAGGUCUAUUGCCGGAUGUCGGUGUCGCUUGGGGCCCUUCGUUGGGUUAGUGGCAUCGAUCUGAAGAAUUAGGCCGAUUGCAUAUCGUCGGUGUCGCUUGGGGCCCUUCGUUGGGAUAGUGGCACCGAUCUAAAGAUAUAGGUCGAUUGCCGAUCAUUGGUGUCACUUGGGGCCCUUCGUUGGGCUAGUGGCACAAAUCUAAAGAAUUCGGCUAAUUGUACCUGUUGAAGACUGAGAUGUUGCCGCUACUUUCGACCUUUGUCCAUUCUGAAGGAGCUUGACUAAUUAUUGGUCAGUGUUACUGAUUUCUUUGUUCGUCUAGUCGGAAGAUGAAGUCAAUUGCUCGGGCUUGAGAUUGAUUAUCAUUGCUGAGCGGCCUAUUUUUUUUUUCUUUAUCAUUAUUAUUAUUAUUACUUUAAUUUUUUUUGUAAUAAUGAUAAGAAUAAUGAUGAUUUUUUUUGCAGUCCAAAAUGAUAUAUUUUAAGGACGUAAAGCGUGGAGGCAAAAAGUAUCUCUCCAUAUCAACGAGCAAGAAGAAUGACGAAGAGAUUCUUUUGGAGAUGCAUGAGCCAUUUGCUCGCGAGUUUUGGGGUCCAACAGUUGUGUCCUAUCGAGUUACAAACUGGACUCCUGAGUGCGAGUAUCAAGCUCAGACAAUGCGGGCUUUAGUGUCUGGCUUUACUCACAUGUCCUCUUCUGAGAUUCUUCCUUCUUUGGGUAGACGCAUCCUUAAUGAAAAUGUCCCUUUGACAAAGACCUUAUCAUUUGGUGGUGAGUUUAGAUUCAUCACAGGUUAUUGGGACUGGGCCGAGGAUAUUUUGAGCAUGAGUAAAAGCGUUCUGGAGGAAGGGCUUAUUUACGAUGUUGUUUAUGCCUCAUUAUUCACGUAUGACCGAUGUACUAAUGCUAUUCAAGCAUUUUGUGAGGCAUGGUGUCCCACGACGAAUACUUUGCUUACGUCAAUUGGCGAAUUGACGAUCACACUUUGGGACUUGCACGUUAUCGGAGGAUUGCCUAUCAUUGGAGACGCAUAUGAUGAAUCUAUUCCGGGCACUUUUGAGUUGUUAAAUACGAGCGCUGACCGUUCACUUCAUCUCUGCAAAUAUUUAUUUCACGCAUAUCAUCAUCUCUUUCCCAAAGCCGAAGAUAAGCGUGUUUUGUGUGUUCAUGCGUGGGUCAAAUUCUGGUUCAAAAAGGCCUCCAAGUAUACUAUGCCUCCGGUGAGAACAGAAAAGAAACGAACAUCUCGUGCCAAGGCGACCCAUAAUCCGAGCGGAGCUAUUCCAAAAUUUGGAGGAUGGUCGAAUUCUAUGAAGGUACCAUUCCACGUACUCAAGGUUCCUACUGAAUAUGAGGAAGAGGUAUAUUUAGCGGCAUUUUUAUCGUGUUGGCUUUGUGCAUUUGUAUUGCCGCAUGAAGGUCCUAGAGUUAUCCGCCCGGAAACAUUCAGAGUUGCUUGUAUGCUUGCUCGAGGGAAACGUGUAUGCCUUGCGGUCCCGGUUCUUGGUAGUGUCUAUCAUGGGCUUAAUCAGAUCUCGAAUGCUUCAUCUCCUGAUCAAGUUAGAACGUGUUUUCCUAUUCACUAUGUCUAUGGAUGGUUGGCAUCAUACUUUGAUACGCAUUUUAAGAAUGAGAUUCAGUCCACGACACCAUUAAUGAUUUCUUAGUCGAGAGAAAGUGGAGCGAGGUCCCUCGAGAAGAGAAGUGCGCGCAAACGAAUUUUCCAGGGAGAUGUAUCAGCAUGGGUGUGUUCUACACAUCGAAGAAUCAAAGAAUAUUCAUUCUUCGAUGGUAAAAAUCUUCCAGAGGUUGAGUUGGCGCUUUUUAGGAGUCUUCGGUCUAAUUAUCUUGUAUUACGCUACCGGGAUCAUUGCAUUGUUGAGCCUUACAAUCCUCACCGCUUUAGUCGCCAAUUGGGGUAUUUUCAGGCUUAUGCUCCUGGCUUUCUUGAGAUGCGUAAUUGGAGUGUCACACUUGCUGCUGGCUUUCAGCUUUGGCUACAGUUUGAGCAUGGCAUGUCACAAGCUGAAGCAGUAUUUCCGAGUCCUCCUACUAUUCCAGCGAAAUUUUAUUCAUUGCAGUAUAAAGAAUGGUGGGGUCAAGUCCAUGGAAGUUAUUUGGAGAAUCAUGUGAGCGACUUGAUCAAAAUUUGCAAUCUUGCGGUUGGCGAUGUGAUCACCCCUUCAAAUCCUAUGACUCCAAUCUCCAAGAAGAAAAAAAUGCCUGAUACUGAAGCUAAGUCUUUGCCUCAGAAAAAGGCUAAACUUGUAGCACCUAGGGCUGAAGUUUUGAUUAAGGAUGCUGAGAAGGAAAUGUCUACUGCCAAUGAAAGGCAGAGUAGUGAUGAGAGGAACUCGAAACAUUUUAGGAAACCUCGUGUUGGGCCACUGAAGAUUCAUGCAGUCCUUGAUGAUGCUAGUUCCUCGAAUCAUGUUUCUUCAUCUAGCUCAAGUGAAGGAGAAAGCGCAGAUCAUGACACCGUCGCUAGAUUGAUAGCAAAAACCGGCCCAAGUCAUUGCAAAGAAGUUCCGAUCCAUGAAAUACCCAAGUCUUCUCAUGCGAAACCGGCUGCAUCUAUAUUCCAUGUAGAAGACUACUUCUUUACUUUGUAUAAGCAGUUCAUCAUUAAUACUUGGAGUGGCAUUCAACAAAAGUUAGGACGGGCUACAGCAGAGAACGUCUCUUCUCUUCAGGAGUGUUGAGAAUUGUGUUAUCUUGAUGGAGAAGGAGGGCAUUGACCUUUCCAUGUUGAAGAUGAGAGUGAAGCAUUUCUUUGAAAGGGCGCAAGCAUUUGAUCAGACGUGCUCGACUAUUGCUGAUAGGGUUCCUCCUGAGAAACAAUCUCAGGAAUUGGCUAUGUCGCAGGCUUUUGUGAAGAUAUUGAAGCUAAGAGAUCUCAAAACCAAGUGGCAUUACUUGAUGAUGAGAAAUCUCUUAAUGAUAUCAAGAAGAAGAUAGCCUUAUUGGAAGCUGAAGCCAAGGAAGUAGAAGUUUCGAUCUCCGAGCGUCGUGUAGAGGCUAGUGACUUAGACGCAGCUCUUACGAAGGCUAAGGAGGAAUCUUCACGGAUUUUGAAGACUAUCAAAGCAUCAGAUGAAGAUCAAUUUGCUUUAAGUACUCAGAAGAAGGAGCUAGAGGCCUUAAAGGAUGACUUAGUUAGCCUUAAAUUGUUUUUAGGCUGAUACUUAGCUUUAAGAAUAGCUUUUAGUCAGCAAACAACUCUUUUCCUUACUUCUUACCAAACUAUACAUGGAUAUUUG